AUUGCCAAGCCAUUGAAACUGGUAUAUAGUAGUUUAUAAAAGGGCUCGUUCUGGCAGCACUAACGGCUGCUCUGGCAAUAGCUACAUUCACCCCCAAUUUCCCAUAGAUUAUAAAUCUAAAACCCUAAAAACCACACUACUUCUGUACCUUUCGCAUUCCCGCUAUUUUCUGUCAGGAGAUUCUCAAUCCUACUACUCCUAGGGUUUUCUCUGUCCUCUCUGUAACGAUGAUGUACGGUGAUCAACAUCAUCACCAUCUUCAGCAGCAGCAGCAACCACCACACCCGCAACAUCCACCGCCGCCGCCGCCGCAGCAGCAGCAGCAGCAGCAGCAUCAGCCAAUGAUGGGCGAGUAUCCGAGGGGGCCGCAACAGCCACCGCCACCGCCGAUGAUGCGACAGCCCUCUGCUUCUUCUACCACUCUCAACGCACCAGAGUAUCACCACCAGCCGCCUGCUCAACCCCCUUACGAUGCUCAUGCAGACAGUUUUGCUGCAAAAAGAAUGAGAAAGAUUGGUCAAAGGAGGACCGUUGAUUAUACUAGCACCGUGGUGCGAUUUAUGCAGAUUCGUAUGUGGCAGCGGGAUGCAAGGGACAGGACAGUAUUGCAACCUACUCCAGCAGCAGCAAUUGAUAUGUUGCCAGCGGUUGCCUAUUCAGAUAAUCCUUCUACAAGCUUUGCCACAAAGUUUGUUCAUACAUCGCUAAACAAAAAUCGUUGUUCGAUUAAUCGGGUUUUGUGGACUCCCUCUGGGAGGCGUCUUAUUACAGGCUCUCAAAGUGGGGAAUUCACUCUUUGGAAUGGUCAGUCAUUUAAUUUUGAAAUGAUUCUGCAGGCUCAUGAUCAAGCAAUCAGGUCUAUGGUUUGGAGUUACAAUGAGAACUGGAUGGUCACUGGUGAUGAUGGGGGCUCAAUAAAGUACUGGCAAAACAACAUGAAUAAUGUGAAGGCCAAUAAAACCGCUCAUAAAGAAUCAGUCCGUGACUUAAGCUUCUGUAGGACAGAUUUGAAAUUUUGUUCUUGCUCCGAUGAUACUACUGUAAAGGUUUGGGACUUCGCUCGGUGUCAAGAAGAGCGCUCAUUGGCUGGCCAUGGUUGGGAUGUGAAAAGUGUUGACUGGCAUCCUACAAAGUCUUUACUAGUUUCAGGUGGGAAAGACAACCUUGUGAAACUUUGGGAUGCAAAGUCUGGGAGAGAGCUUUCUUCAUUUCAUGGGCACAAGAAUACUGUUCUUUGCGUCAAAUGGAAUCAGAAUGGUAACUGGGUGCUCACUGCUUCAAAGGAUCAAAUCAUCAAGCUUUAUGACAUAAGGGCUAUGAAGGAGCUUGAAUCUUUUCGUGGGCACCGGAAGGAUGUGACUGCAUUGGCAUGGCAUCCAUUCCAUGAAGAAUAUUUUGUGAGUGGUAGUUUUGAUGGAUCAAUUUUCCAUUGGCUAGUCGGGCAUGAAAAUCCCCAGGUUGAAAUUCCCAAUGCUCAUGAUAAUAGUGUUUGGGAUCUUGCAUGGCAUCCCAUUGGAUACAUUCUUUGCAGCGGUAGCAAUGAUCACACAACAAAGUUUUGGUGCAGAAAUAGGCCUGGGGAUCCAUCUCGCGAUAAAUUUAACAUGGGCCACAUCCAAGGUUAUGGUGAGCAAAACCCUGCUCUUGCUGGUCGCAUGCCUGGUAAUUUCCCCGGACCAGAGACCCCUACAACUCCUGGACCAUUUGCAGCUGGGUUGACACGAAAUGAGGGAACCAUUCCGGGUGUUGGAGUUGCAAUGCCUUUAUCUAUUCCAUCUCUUGAUUCAUCAGCCCAGGGAGAGCAGAAGCCGUUUCUACAAGUCUCAAUGCCUUCAGGAGCACCUCCUCUCCCGCCUGGUCCACAUCCAUCUCUUCUCGUUGCCAAUCAACAGCAAGCAUAUCAACAAAAUGCUCAGCAAGUCCAACAACAGCACCAGGCACUCCCACAGCAAAUGUCCUCAAUGCCUCUGCCACCUCAAAAUUUGCCACAGCUACAACCACCAUCCCAUUUACCCCUGCUUCCACAUCCUCAUUUACCCCGCCCUCCGCCCCAGCUACCCCCACAUGGUAUGCCUUCAAGCAUGCCAUCUUCAGUGCCUGGAUCUAUGCCUUCAUCAAUGCCCACUUCACUUCAAAUGCAGAUGCCUGGUCCAAUGGGGAUGCAAAGUACAAUGAAUCAGAUGAUUCGUCCAUUGCCGCAGGGCCAUUUUAUGGGCAUGAAUCCCAUGCACUCGGGAUCCCUACCUCAUGGUGGUGGUCCUCAAGUUGGAGGAAUUCCAAAUGGAUUGCCAAAUAUGCAGGGCCCUUCAAAUGCAAGUGGGAACCAAAUGUAUCCGCCAGGGGGUGCUUUCAACCGGCCACAAGGUGGACAGAUGCCGUCAAUGCCAGGACUUAAUCCUUACCAGUCUGGGAAUCCAAAUGCCACUGGCAUGGGGACAAUGCCAUCAAAUUUCGGUCUUCCAUCUGGGGUUCCGCCCCCGCUCCCUCCAGGUCCCCCACCACAUGGCCAAACACAGCAGUAGAGACCAUGUAUAUUAGUUCCCCCCUCUCCCCCCUCCUGUUCAUCCUAGGUGGAAAAUUCUUUACUCAGUUGUUUUGCUUGUGCAACUUAUUUUAAAAACUAAGCAGCUUUCAUUUUUUGUCUUUAUAUAUCAAAAUGUUGCAUAUUGUGAUGUGGAUA